CCCUGGUACGCAAACACCAGCCAUUCAUGUUCUAUAGAUUCAAAAUAAAGAGGAGAAACAGAAAGGCAAAGAUUAAAUCCAGGAUAUGAGAGAUUUUCAACGGCAACAAAUCAGUCAAACGGGGGCGGACAAGAAAACGUCUCGUCAGCAACAGCAGAAGUCCAGCAAACUUUUUAUUUUUCUCACUCCCAAGGUGAGAACAGACCAAAGUCCAGUCGUGAUCGGUUCCACAUUACAGACACCGACAAAGCUGAAUUUUUUUUUUAUUUUUUUUUAUUUUAUUUUUUUUUGUCAGUCCGUGGUUGAAAUACAUUCAUCUCACGCUGCUCUAUUGUUUCGGACGCAUUGCGGCGGUGGAGAGAAUUAACACUGAAUUUGAGAAUUACACGGUGGGUUAUGAAUAUUCACUGUAUUUGAUCGAGACAGCGCUAGAGGAACUGCAUAACGGAAUAGCAAGAUCUCAGAUGACAACCAAGUAAUGUAAUUUUAAAACUAUUCUCCAACCCCUGAUCCUAUAAAGGGGUAAGAAAUCAAAACCGAAUUCCAUCCUGCCUGUCCUGAGGUGGCUGGACCACCAGUAUGGACCCCUGGCAAACACUGGUGUCCAGAUGUUCUGCAUGGUGGCAGAUGCAUACUCCACACACACUGAGAGCUUGUAUAUAUGAUGUGUGUAAACCCCUGGUGCCACUUCUGCUCUGCAUCACCACCCUAGUGGCUCUGAUUCUGUACGCUUUGGCAGAUAAUCUACAGAGCUUUGUAUGCAGGAUCUUCAUUCCCCAGUAUCAUUACCCUUAUGCAGUGCCACUUGCAUUCAUACAGGUGUUUCUAAAUCUCCUGGCAUUGCUGGCCUUGCAUGGUAUAGGUCUGAUUCAUCUGAAGCCUGUUUCACUGAAGCUGGCCGAGCGUUUGUUGGUGCCUGCAGUCUGUGGGAGCAUCCAGUGUGUUCUGGCCCUUUGGGCUGAGGCCAGUGCCCACUCUGGUCUGUACCCACUCAUCGCCCGCUUCCUCCCACUGGUCAGUCUGAGCUUGGGUCAUUUGUUUGCGCUGAGUAUGCCUGGAUCCAUCCAUGUUUCCUGUCUGCUAACAGCUGUCACUGUCGCCUCUGUCAGCGUAACAGCUUGUCAAGGACUGCAUACGAUGGAGCCUUUGGAAUACAUUUACUCUCCUCUCAGCCUGGUCCUCCACAGCCUGUCUCUAGUUUGGCUAGCUAAAGUUGCCCAAACAGAGCGAGGCCAUACCUCAGUCUUCGAUCUUUACUACACUCUCACAGUUACACGUUGUCUGUUAUUAGGGUUCCUGUGUGUUUUGCACCCUGAUGGCCCAGAGGCACUGGUUCAGGGCAGCUGGCACAGUCUGCUGUUUUUUGGAUACAUGCUUGGGUUGUUGCUGCUGGGUGCUGUGCAGCUUCUCUUUGUGGACAUAACAGCACUGUAUUUCUCUGCUCUCCCAGCAGCUGUGCUGCAUGCUACCAGAGGGCUGAUGCUCCCCCUGUUCAGUCUGUUAUAGGACAUACUGACUGAACAAUCAGAGUGUAGACCAUUCUGAGAAGCAACCAAUCAGUAAACAAAUAAUAGCCACUCAUAAGCAAUACAGUGUAGCAACCUUUAAAGGAAGAUUCCGGGUUCAGUACAAGUUGAGUACCAUCGACAGCAUUUACGGCAUAAUAUUAAUCACCAAAAAAUAAUUUCGACUUAUCAUCGUUCCUUUAAAAAAAAAAAAAAAAAAUUUGGGUUAUAGUGAGGCACUUACAGUGGAAGUGAAUUGAGCCAAUCUGUAAAUGUUCAAAUACUCAUUAUUUCAAAAAUACAGCCACAACAAUAUGUGUACAUGAUUUUAUUGUGAUAAAAUCGCUUACUAACCUUUUCUUUGUAAAUUUAUAUCCAUUAAACAACUUUAAAGCUCAAAUUAUACACACAUUUUAACAGCAGAAUUAAUGUAAGUGCUUUUAUAAAAUUAUAAGCUUCACAUCUGCCUUUAAACCCUCCAAAAAAUGGACCCCAUUCACUUUCAUUGUAAGUGCCUUAUUGUAACCUCGAUUUUUGCUUUUUAAAGAAAAGGUAGGAUGAGUCAAAGUUAUUUUUUGUGAUAAUCAACACUAUGCCACAAAUGCUGUUUAUUGAGCUUAACUUGUAUUAAACCCGGAACAUUCCCCUGAGAAUAACUAAUCAAAGACCACAUUAGGAGGUCAAUACAACUCUAGAAAAUUGUCAUUGAUGACGAUAACAGUAUUAAAACUGAAUUCAGAGGUACGACAACUUCGGAGCCAAGGUGAUUAUAAUGCAUUCAUGUAUAUGGUCAUGCCACCUGCAAGCAUUUAAUGUGUGACACCGCCUGUGUGUGGCAGCUCUCUUGGCUUGCAAAGAAACUAUGAAGCCUAUUUUUGAAACCAUUUAGAUUUUUUUUUUUUUAUUGUGUAUUUUUUAUGACAGUUAAGCAUAUGUCCCCCAAUUCUCAUAAAAGUAAUUAGUAUUUUUUUAUUUAAAUUGUAUUUUUAAAAGUAUUUAUACAUUAUGGUAGUACUUGUUGUACUGCCUUUAAUGCUGUAAAGUAAAAUGCUUGGUAAGAUUACAGUGUUCUUAAUUGUCAUGAAAAUCAUCUCAUGGUGCAAGAAAAUAAAAAACAUGCAUAUUUUUCUUUUGCAAAAUAUAAUGUACUUUCUUUUUUCCUUGGAAUUGUAGGUGAAAUAUGAACUCGAUAUGUUCUUGACAGGCUCUGUGAGAUUCACCCAAGUAGGCUAUGCCAUUACACAGUGAGAUAUAUAUAUAUAUACACACUGUAUAUAAUUAUUUAAAAUGCAGAAAACCUAUGACUCAUGUACAAGUUUAGCUCCUGUCAUACAGUACAAAAAUUACAGUAUUUUUGUUCAAAUGUGGAGCAAAUAAAACAUAUUGAUGAGGUUUUCUAAUUACCUCAACAU